UCCGAUGUAGGCUGAAGUUUUGACUAAGAAAUCUCCCUCACCAGUAAUCAAUCGUCAUUUAUCUGACGAUAUACUAUCGAAUAAGUAUCAACAAGACGUUGAUUACACGAAAUUGUUACGUACAAGUUGGUUACAUGAUUCAAAUAAUUUAUAUCGAGAUAGUCGCCUUUAUUCGAUUAAUGAAGCAAAUUCAACAUCAGAUAAAUCUCAUCUAUUAUUGAAUCAUAACAAUUAUUUACCGAUUAAAGAAUAUAACAGACAAACAAUAACACCGACCACAUCAUCAACAGUAAAAACAACAACGACAAUAAUUCCGGUAGUAUCAUUAAUGAAUAUUACAAACAAUAAAAAUGUAAUUUCGAGAACUGCGAUGACUGGUAGUUCAGGAAUUGAAAACAAAUUGAAAAAUUUCGAUUUAUCUUCAAGAAUGAAUAAAAUAAUCAUACCAGAUCUCGAUAAUGAUAUUGUUCAUGAUGAAAAAAAAGAUUCUUUCAAAAAAGAAGCCGAUUUACGGUCGCGUUCAAACCGAAUAAUUAAAAAUCGAUCUCAAAAUGAAGAUUCAUCUGACAAAUUUCAGCAUCUUAAACGAACAAAUGAUGAUAAUAAGAGCGGAGGAUCAAUCGUUCGCGCUUCGGCACUAAAAAUAACCUGA